AUCAACACGGCGCUGGUGCAGCACGGCCUGUUCCCCGUGGCGCUGGGAGGUGACGGUGUGGCGGUUCUGGAGCUGCCGGGCGGCCUCUGCUCGGGCCUGCUGGCGUGCCUGCAACUGGGCCUGCGAGUGCGCCGCUAUAUUCCCCUUAGCGGCGACCCCACCUCGCAGGCCGCUGCUGCGGCGCUGCAGCCGUAUGUGGUGCGGCAGUAUGGCGGCUUGCUGGCGGCUGGUGCUUGGGACGAGGGGUUGCGCGCGCCGGCAUGCUCGGCGACGGAGCUGGUGCAGUGGGCCGUGUCGGACGCUGGGGCAGAGGCGCUGGGUCUCCUUACCCAAGGUCAGUGGCUGGUCAUGGGCAGUUGGGCGGGCGACGUGGGCUGGUCAGCGCAGUUGUACGUGCGCUUGCUGGGUGCGGUGCAGAGCAGCAUGCGGGCGGCAGGGGUGCCGCCGCCGGCCUUCCUGUUGGAGGGUCCCCCGUGCACGCUAGAAGCCGCAGAAGCCGCUGGCCUGCCGCUGGGCUACCCUGCCACUGUUGACGCCGUGCAAACUGGCGCUGUCUUGCACCGUCUCAGCAGCAUCUACACCAACCUGGCCAACCCAGCUCACCUGGCUUACUGCCUCCGCCGGCUCCCACCGCCGGCGGACGCAACGCUAGCAUCUCGCCUCCCUGACGGCUGGUUCCCAGCCCCAGCCACGCAGCCACUGCCUUCGCCGUACGCGCCGCUUGAGGUCCCGGGCGUCCCAUGGGUCGCGCUGCCGCCACUAGCGCUGAUCGGCACGCCGCCGCUACUGCAAGGGGCCAACCGCGUUCCUGCAGUGCCCGAUGCCGCCUUGGUCGCCGCGCUUGCAGGCUUUCCGCCGCUGCCCCAGCAUCCCAGUCUGCCAGCCCUGCUGCCGCGUCAGCCCCCGCCGCCGGUCCUCACGGCGGCGCUAGCCAGUUGCCUUGCGCUUCAUCGCGCCUUCGUCACACCUCAUGACCUGCAACCGCUGCAGCCUCGGCACGUAGCCGAACCGGCGCGUCCGCUGGGGGGGGUGUCAAGUGACGUCGACGCCUUGGAGGCCAGCUUCAGCGUGGACACGCAACUCGGCUCAGGUUUGGCGGCGGCCGCAGCACUGGAGGCAGCUGCGGCUGCGCAUGAUGCAGCGUGGCUGACGGUACUGGCGUGCGACGUCUUGGUACAGCGGACGCUUGGCUCGGCGGUCGUGGAAGCCACCGCCGUGCUUGCAGCGGCAGCCGAGGUGCAGGAGGAGACAGCAGCAGCGGGCAGCGAUCCUGACGUGUGGGGUGAUGCGGAGGCCAUGGCAGUCAUUCGUGCGCCGCUCUCAGGCCGUGUGCCGCCUGGGGAGGCAGCCGGAGCACCUUCCGCCAGGGUGUUGCGUCGCGCGUCGCACUACCGCUGGACUGGCUCGCAGCUGCUGCGCAUGAUGGCGGAUGGCUCCACGCGCGUCUGCCCGCCGCCGGCAGAUCGCAUGGACCUGACUCAGCGGACUCAUGCAGUGGCGCACUUGGGUGUGCGGCGUACGUUGGCGCUGCUGCAGCUGGGUUACUGGUGGCAUGGCAUGCGCAGCACUGUUCGGCAGGUAGUGGGCUCCUGCAAGCUCUGCGACAUGUGCAACAGCUCUGGCUCAUCGCGACCAGUGCAGCUGCAGCCACUGGCGAUCAAGGGCAUGUUCUACCGCUGGGGCAUGGACUUGGCUGGGCCGCUGCCGCCUACCAAGCCGCACGGCUUCACCUACGUGAUGGUGUGCGUAGAACACUUCACCAAGCAUGCGGAGUUUCUGCCGUUGCGGGAUAAGACGGCGGACGAGACGGCCAGGGGCUUGUUGGAGGUCAUCGCCAGGUUCAGCGCGCCGGCGGAAGUAGUGACGGAUCAGGGGGGGGAGUUCGAGGGGGCCUUCAGCCGCCUUCUUGAGCAGUGUUACGUGGACCAUCGGCCGACGUCUGCGUAUCACCCGCAAGCCAACGGUGCAGCGGAGCGGCUGGUGCAGGUGCUCAAGUCAGCCCUGCGCAAGUACUGUGCUGAGAGCGGCAGUCCUGAAACAUGGGAUCAGCACUUGCCGUGGUUGGCUCUCGCCUAUCGCUGUUCACCGCAGGCCUCCACCAAGCUUGCCCCGUACACCCUCAUGUACGGCGUGCCGCCAGUCGUGCCACCGGCGGUACGAGAGCGCUUCCAGGCGGAGCUGGCCUUCACUGGGAAUGCCGGUGAGCAGGUCUACGCGCGGGCCUUGGUGGAGAGGGCAGCGCUGCUGCAGCGGCACGCGCCGGCCGCUGCCGGCAACCUGCUCAUAGCGCAGCACAGAGACACCAGGCGGUACGCGCUCGUGCGCUCAGGGCUGUGGCGCCCCCCGCAGCUGCAGUUUGCUACGGGCGACUAUGUCUAUGUCCGGCGGCAAAACCCCAGCAACACGCUGCAGCCGCCGGUGCGCGAGGCCGUCUUGCGAGUGGAAUCGGUGGGUCCCUUGGGCGUGGCGGUGCUCAUAGGACGUGACGGCACGCGCAUCAGGCGCCGGGUGGAGCAGCUUGUGCCCUGCCAUCUGCCAGACUUGGACCCUAUCGUCGACCCGCGGCUCAUGCGCCCGGCAGCGGACCACGCCUGCCAGGUCUGUGCCUCGCCUCGUGACGGCGGCAAGAUGCUGCUGUGCGACGCCUGCGGUACCGGUUGGCACCUGUACUGCCUCGUGCCACCACUGUCGCAAGUCCCCGAGGGCAGCUGGGUGUGCCCGGAAUGCGUGCAGCUGCAGCGGGAGGCGCCGGCGGGGCCUGCGCCGCCCCAGCCGGAGCCCACUGCUGUGCUGUUUCCGAACGCCGCCACGCGGCGGCGUGACGACGAGGCGGCGGCACUGGAUGGACGCCGCAUCGUACGCAUGGUCAGCAAGGGGCGCGGUCGCGGGCGCGAGGAGCAGCUCGGCGUGCUGCGCUACCGCGGCGGUCUGGUGAGGCCCCACUACUUCUAUGCCGAGUGGGACGGGGGCUUUGCUGAGGCGGUCGGGCUGCCUGCGGCGAAGCGCAUGCUGAUGCCGGAGCAGACGAGUACGAGGAAGAAGGGCAGGUAGCGUUGUUUUGGGCUAGGAAAAGGCGUGCCAUGCCGCGCGGCCGAGAAGGGGAUAUUGCUUAGGUUGUGGAAGUUAGGUUGGCGUUGCCGGCUCGCUGCACCGCGAGUGCGAGGAGUAGGGGUUAUCCUAGGGAGCGCAGCCAGACUCGCCGCUGUUGGGGGUAGUAAGGGGGAGCGCCAAGCCGCGUGGCCCGCUAUAGAAGGUUGGUGUAGGGAUCUUGGUGGCUAGUGGCUAGUGGGUACGUCAAGCCGCGUGCUCUCGGUCUUGCUUCGAGUUCGUCAGUUGCUUAGGGAAGGAACGCCAAGCCGCGUUGCCUGUUAUGCCUGUUUUGGGCGUUGUGACUCUUUUCUCAGUUGUGUCAGGUGAGACAAGGGGGUGAGGCCAGGACGCCUGGUUUUUGGUUGGAUUUUGGGUGGCAGCGUACUUCGCCGUGCCUGUUGCUGGUGCCUUUUCUGUGGCGGAGGCUUGACUAUUGCCGCUUUCGUGGCCUGCCUGCCUGAAUUGGGGGUGGGUUUGCUGUGCUUGGUUUGCCGGUUGACCCGUGGGUCGGUGCACCUUAGGCUCUGACCGCCUGAGUGCCGCUCGUGCUGGCUCUAUGGCUGGCUUGGUAGCUGGUUUCGUGAACCUGAGGAUUGCUGCGUGGAUUUCCGUGCGGCGUGGUAUGCGCGCGUUUCAGUGGCCAGACGUGCGAGCCUUGGAUUUUCCUGUGGAGUUGACUGUCGUACCCGCUGCCGGUAGCAGUGUGACUUGGGGUGUCCUGGGCUGUUGUUCCGCCCUUGCGUCGUCGAGGUCCUCGGUCGGGGGGGGGAAGGUUCCACCCCAUGUCAUGAUUUGGCAUGUUUCAUCGCUGGAGCAUGACAGGGGGCUGUUUUACGGCACUGCUUACAUUUAGGAUGCUGGAGCCAAGGUCAGUUGCCACGUUCCAUGAUGUUUAUGAUGGUCAUCGUGUAUGGGAUACCUGAAAGCGCUGCAAGGUUGCAGCAGCAAAGGCAAGAGAGAAGAGUUUAAAGACAGUGCCAGGUAAGCAAGUGACGAAAGUAGGUGUUGAAGGAUGAUGAUGGUAAUAAGAGGUGACAGCGGUUUGUG